AGAAAAACAGAGAUAUAUUCUAGCACAUUAACUAUUGUUAAGAGAAUAAUAAUAAUAAUGGAGCAAUUCCUCAUCAAGCCUUUCAUGUUUUCCUCCAUUGCCCUAUUUUUGCUUUGCCUCUUAUUCUCAAGCCCUCUAGUGUCAUCUCAACUUGACUAUAGACACUAUGAUAAAACUUGUCCAAACCUUAUAAGGAUCGUUCGUAAUGGCGUUCGUUUAGCUAUCUCCAACGAUACAAGGAUGGCUGCCUCUCUUUUGAGGCUUCAUUUUCAUGAUUGCUUUGUCAAUGGUUGUGAUGGGUCUAUAUUAUUGGAUGAAACAAGCUCAUUCAAGGGAGAGAAAAAUGCAGUGCCUAAUAAAAACUCAGUGAGAGGUUACGAGGUUAUUGAUAGCAUCAAGUCUGAAGUGGAAAAAGCUUGCCCAUCAACCGUUUCUUGCACUGAUAUACUCACUCUGGCAGCUAGAGAUGCUGUUGUCUUCGCUGGAGGCCCAUUUUGGAACGUUCAGCUGGGCCGUAGAGAUGGAAGAACAGCUAGUGAUGAGGAUGGAGUUGUGAACCAGUUACCCUCACCUUUUGAGCCCCUAGCCAAUAUCACUGCCAAAUUCACUUCAAAAGGUUUUGACUCAAAGGACGUUGUUGCGCUUUCAGGUGCCCAUACAAUUGGAUUUGCUCAAUGCUCGACGUUCAAGAAAAGGCUAUUCAACUUCGAUGGUUCAGGGAAUCCUGAUCCAGCCCUGGACUCGUCAGUUGUACAGAAGUUGAAGAGUGUGUGCCCUAACCAAGAUGAUUCAGACACCAACUUGGUUGGCUUAGAUGCUUCGUCUUCAUCCAAAUUCGACAAUGGCUUCUUCAGAAACCUAGUAAAUAACUCAGGGCUUCUCCAGUCGGACCAAGCUCUCAUGGCAGACAAUUCCACUGCAUUCAUGGUCAGGAGAUAUGUUUACUACCCUUCUUCCUUCUUUAGGGACUUUGGAGCUUCCAUGUUCAAGUUGGGCAGUUUGGGUGUGCUCACUGGACAAGAUGGAGAAAUCAGGACCAACUGUAGAGCUUUAAAUUAAAUUAAUAAUAAUUAAACAGAUCUUUUAUUUUAUAUACAUAUAUAAAUACUAGAAAUGUGGCAAAGUUCAUCAAGACUACUAAACUACGUAUACCUAGUAUUGUAAUUGUACUCCUCUGUCUUGUAGUCUUUUUUUUAAGACUCUUAGCUUUGUUGGAACAAUAAUAUUAAUAUGUACAAGUAUGGUAAUUUCUUACAC